UCCGCCGGAUCCUCCACCGCUACUGGAACCACCCGUCGAACCCGAUAUCCCCACCCACCAACUAAUACAGACCCCGAACUCGGCGACUGGGCUCAAUGGGGCGCCCCCACAAUUACCACGAUAUCCCGCCCACCCACGGCGGAACCAGGCUCAACUAAAGCCGCCCGACCAACCCUGCUCAGCGCUAGGGCGGUGGGCCGACUCCACCAAAUCUGCCUAGUUGGCGCCCUCGUGUGGGCAUUACCGUGGCGAUAUGACACUAAAGCGAGACGGGUUAUCCGUCACAGUCCCGGCGUUCAUAAGGUGUGGUCCGUGGUCUGGUUCAUCUUCGCGAUUCAGAACACGAUCCUCCUGGGGUAUCAGUUCUACUCGUUCUUCGCUCGCGUCCAAUUGGACAAAGGGAGCUACCGCCCAGUCUUUAUGAACUCGUUCUGCGUCUUCUGGUACCUCUACUCCAUCUCGUUGAACACGUUGAUGUACAUUUACCGAGAAAAGUUCCGGAAUUAUAUAAAUACGUUGUUGGAGUUUAAUGAGAAGUGUGUAGGUAAGUGUGGAAGGGGUAAAGUGAGAUAGGGCGGCAAGGUUGAUAGGUUUCUUCUAGACAGGUACGUAUUGCACCUGGAUGGGUUGGAAGAUCGAGGAAACGCUGUGCUGAAGGUUUGCAUACCCGCGAAUUUCGUACAGUUGGUGUUGUCCUGCAUCCUGUACUUGUUCAUGCCGUUUCAACCGUGGUACUUGACGAGCUAUGUGUACGAGCCGGGAAAUCCGCAGUGGUGGCUGGUCCUGGGUGCCUUACAGGAAAUGGUCAUGGCCGGUCAGACCAUUGCGGUCUUUUGUCUCUUAGCCUGGAUGUCUGUCGCACAUGGGAACAGUGUCGAGUUUUGGCUGAUGGAGGCUCAUCAUAAUAAUGACACCGGGUACACUAUCGACCAACUGCGGGAUCCUCACACGGCGGUGGAAAUGUAUCGAUCUCUUCAAGUAAUGACUGGUCUCUUGAACGAGUGCAUUGGUCCGGCGGCAUUCCCAAUUAUGAAGAUGGUCAACUGGACAGCGCUCGUUUCUUGCGGAUAUGUCUUGAUCCGCUCCAUGAAUAACAAAUUCAUAGAGGAAUUUCCAGCCAUCUUGACCUAUCCAUUCGGUGUGGUCAUUUGUGUCUGCUGUAGUUACGGGAUGUUACAAAUCUCCGCGGAAAUGUUUGACAUUGCGACAUCCUUCCUCAACUCGUGGUCAGAAACGAAACAUCAAAAUCUGCGAAGGAUUAUGACAUCUUGCGCCACGCUAAGAAUUCAAGUCGGACAGUUUUACUUUGUCACGGUCUCCACGACGGUCACCUACUUUCAGAAGACAUUCGACUACAUUAUCGAUUGCAUCGUGACGUUCCCGUAGAAUAUGUAAGGGGAAAUGUUAAGAUACAGAUUUACCAAAUUUUAGUAAAUUUUUCGUCUGUAGAUAGGUAAUAAUAUGUAAUUUCAUAAAACCCCAAAGUUAUAUAUUUAGUUUAAAUUUCUGUGUUUAAAUAUUUAUGAAAUAGCUGUGACACACAUAAAGUUUAAUUGAAAAUAAGUAAAUCAUAACGAAUAAUGCGUAAGAUUAAUUGAAAUCCGUUUGCCACUAGGCCUGCAUACUUUUUUAAGUUUCGUUCUGCUGAAUAAAAUGAUUCUGAGGACACAAUUUGUAAAAUGUUUAUUUCAUGCACUCGUCAAGGUGGGUAAGACGAUGAUGCAAUGUGACAAUAUGGACUUACGAAUAAAUU